UUCUACUGGGUAGGAAGGACAUCACCUUUGAAUCUUGAAGACCCCAAUGUGUGCAGCCACUGGGAAAGCUACUCGGUGACUGUGCAAGAGUCCUACCCACAUCCCUUUGAUCAGAUCUACUACACAAGCUGCACCGACAUCUUAAACUGGUUUAAGUGUACACGGCACAGAAUCAGUUACCGGACAGCCUAUCGCCAUGGGGAGAAAACCAUGUACCGGCGCAAGUCCCAGUGCUGCCCUGGCUUUUAUGAAAGCAGAGACAUGUGUGUCCCUCACUGUGCUGAUAAAUGUGUCCAUGGCCACUGCAUUGCUCCGAACACCUGUCACUGUGAGCCUGGCUGGGGUGGGACCAACUGCUCCAGUGCCUGCGACGGCGAUCACUGGGGGCCCCACUGCAGCAGCAGGUGCCAGUGCAAAAACGGGGCUCUGUGCAACCCCAUCACCGGGGCAUGCCACUGUGCCGCGGGCUUCCGGGGCUGGCGCUGUGAGGACCGCUGUGAGCCGGGCGCCUAUGGGAACGACUGCCGCCAGCGCUGCCAGUGCCAGAACGGGGCCACCUGCGACCACGUCACGGGGGAAUGCCGCUGCCCGCCGGGGUACACAGGAGCCUUCUGUGAGGACCUUUGUCCCCCUGGCAAACAUGGUCCACAGUGUGAGCAGAGAUGUCCUUGCCAAAAUGGGGGAGUGUGUCACCAUGUCACUGGAGAAUGCUCUUGCCCUUCUGGCUGGAUGGGCACAGUGUGUGGUCAGCCUUGCCCUGAGGGUCGCUUUGGAAGGAACUGUUCCCAAGAAUGUCAGUGCCAUAAUGGAGGGACAUGUGAUGCUGCCACAGGCCAAUGCCACUGCAGUCCAGGAUACACCGGGGAACGGUGCCAGGAUGAAUGUCCAGUUGGCACCUAUGGGAUUCACUGUGCAGAGGCCUGCCGGUGUGUCAAUGGAGGGAAGUGUUACCACGUGAGCGGCACAUGCCUCUGUGAAGCAGGCUUUGCUGGAAAGCUCUGUGAAGCACGCCUGUGUCCCGAGGGGCUCUAUGGCAUCAAGUGUGACAAGCGAUGCCCCUGCCACUUGGACAACACACACAGCUGUCACCCCAUGUCUGGUGAGUGUGCCUGCAAGCCAGGCUGGUCGGGGCUUUACUGCAAUGAGACAUGCUCUCCUGGGUUCUAUGGAGAAGCGUGCCAACAGAUCUGCAGCUGCCACAACGGGGCUGACUGUGACAGCAGAACGGGAACGUGCAUCUGUGCUCCUGGAUUCAAAGGAGUUGACUGCUCUACCCCAUGCCCUCUGGGAACCUACGGCCUGAACUGUUCCUCUCGCUGUGGCUGUAAAAACAAUGCUGUCUGCUCUCCUGUGGAUGGAUCUUGUAUUUGCAAGGCAGGCUGGCACGGGGUGGACUGCUCCAUUCGCUGCCCCAGUGGCACCUGGGGCUUUGGCUGUAACUUAACGUGCCAGUGCCUCAACGGAGGAGCGUGCAACACCUUGGAUGGGACCUGCACGUGCGCCCCUGGAUGGCGUGGCAGGAAAUGCGAGCUGCCCUGCCAGGAUGGCACGUAUGGGCUGAACUGCGCUGAACGCUGUGACUGCAGCCAUGCCGACGGCUGCCACCCCACCACCGGCCACUGCCACUGCCUGCCGGGAUGGUCAGGUGUGCACUGUGACAGCGUGUGUGUUGAGGGGCGCUGGGGUCCAAACUGCUCUCUGCCCUGCUACUGUAAAAACGGGGCUUCAUGCUCCCCUGACGACGGCCUCUGUGAAUGCGCACCAGGAUUUCGAGGCACCACGUGCCAGAGAAUUUGCUCCCCUGGGUUUUAUGGGCAUCGCUGUAGCCAGACAUGCCCCCAGUGUGUCCACAGCAGCGGCCCAUGCCACCACAUCACCGGCCUGUGCGACUGCCUACCAGGCUUCAUGGGCGCCCUCUGCAAUGAAGUGUGUCCCAGUGGCAGAUUUGGGAAAAACUGUGCAGGAAUCUGCACCUGCACCAACAACGGCACAUGUAACCCCAUUGAUAGAUCCUGUCAGUGCUACCCUGGUUGGAUCGGCAGUGACUGCUCACAACCCUGCCCACCCGCUCACUGGGGCCCAAACUGUAUCCAUACCUGUAACUGUCACAACGGCGCCUUCUGCAGUGCCUACGAUGGGGAAUGUAAAUGCACUCCGGGCUGGACUGGACUCUACUGCACUCAGAGAUGUCCUCUGGGGUUUUAUGGCAAGGACUGUGCUUUGACAUGCCAGUGUCAGAAUGGAGCUGAUUGCGACCAUGUCUCCGGGCAGUGCACCUGCCGCACAGGGUUCAUGGGGCGGCACUGUGAGCAGAAGUGCCCUGCUGGGACUUACGGCUAUGGCUGUCGCCAGAUAUGUGACUGUCUGAACAAUUCCACCUGUGACCAUAUCACCGGCACCUGUUACUGCAGCCCCGGGUGGAAAGGGGCCCGCUGUGAUCAAGCUGGGUUGAUUAUUGUGGGGAAUCUGAACAGCUUGAGUCGUACCAGCACAGCCCUUCCAGCUGAUUCCUACCAGAUAGGGGCCAUCGCUGGCAUCAUCAUUCUGGUCCUGGUCGUGGUCUUCCUCCUGGCGCUGUUCGUUGUCUACAGACACAAGCAGAAAGGAAAGGACUCAAGCAUGCCAGCUGUAAGCUACACCCCCGCCUUGAGGGUCAUCAAUGCAGAUUAUAGUAUGUCAGAAACCUUACCACACAACAAUGGUGGAAAUGGCAACAGCCACUACUUCACCAACCCCAGUUACCAUACACUCACGCAGCGUGCCACCUCCCCUCACUUCAACAACAGGGACGGGCUGACCAUCGCCAAGUCAAAGAACAACCAGCUGUUUGUGAAUCUUAAAAAUGUAAAUCCUGGGAAGAGAGGCCCCUCGGUGGACUGCACGGGGACCCUGCCGGCGGACUGGAAGCAGGGCGGCUACCUCAAUGAGCUUGGUGCUUUUGGACUAGACAGAAGCUAUGUGGGGAAAUCCUUAAAAGAUCUGGGAAAGAAUUCUGAAUAUAAUUCAAGUAACUGCUCCCUAAGCAGUUCUGAAAACCCAUAUGCCACAAUCAAAGACCCACCUGUGCUGCUCCCUAAAGCCUCCGAGUGUGGCUAUGUGGAAAUGAAGUCACCGGCACGAAGAGAUUCUCCUUAUGCAGAGAUCAAUAACUCAACCUCAGCCAACAAAAAUGUUUAUGAAAUUGAACCUACAGUGAGUGUUGUCCAAGGCAUAUUCAGCACUAAUGGGCACCUCACCCAGGAUCCAUACGACCUACCAAAGAAUAGUCACAUCCCUUGUCAUUACGACCUGCUGCCAGUCCGGGACAGUUCAUCCUCCCCCAAGAUAGAGCAUGGUGGUAGUGGCGGUGGCGGUGGUGGAGGCAGCGGCAGUGGCAGCAGCAGCGGCAGCAGCAGCAGCAACAGCAACAGCAGCAGCGAGUGACACCAAAGGCCACUGAGUGACCUAAGAACUCUUUCCAGAACUACAGUCCAGUUAUUCUCCAUGUUCACAUUUGCCACCUUUCAGGAAUAUUAAUCAUCUUGGUAGGCAAUUGCUGGAUACGAACCAGAAAGCUCAAAGCCAAGGCUGUCACUUCUUGUUGGCGAUUUCUGUGAGGGUGGAAGGAGGAGACAUCAUCAUGAUUACCUAUCGCUAUUAGUUUCAGCACUGCACCAUAGAGCACGACACAUUGGAAGAUGUUGGCUAAAAAGAUGAACUUGUGUAACAACUUUGAAGAGACAUGCUGUGGUAACACUGGCAUCAUUGCUUGGAAAGUUUGAAUACCUUUUCUCAUUUGCAUCAUGGAGCUAUACCUAGAACUGUGCAGCUUUCCGUAAGCUUACUUAAUUAAAAAUAGGAACCAUUAAACAUGUCAAAGAGAUGAGGCAUAUUAUUGAGUCCUUAUUGAUUAUUUUUUUCCAGUUGGACUCUGAAUUUACAGGGAUUGUGCAGGGAAAACAUUCUGUCAGGUGGCAGUCCUUGCUCUACUUUGAAUAAACACUAGCUGUAGUCAGAAAACUUAAAUAGGAAAACUUUAGUUUUCUUAGGCUGAGAAAAUGUACAACUAGAAUUGUUCUAGAAAUAGUAAAAUGUUGCAAAAAUCCACCCAUAAAUGUGCUAGGCAGAGGCUGUCUUUCUCUGUCUGACUUUUACUCAGUUUAGAUCCAUGACAUUGUUCUACUCACUAUCUCCCAUCAU